UGAACUAAUUACUGAGCUCAACGGGCGCGGCGAGUUUGUAGUAGUUGAUACGAAAUGCCCCCAAAGAAAAAUGAACCUUCUAAAAAGAAUGUGGAAAAACAGAAGCAAAAAAUCGUUGAGGAUAAAACUUUUGGAAUGAAAAAUAAAAAAGGGGCCAAGCAACAAAAGUUCAUUCAACAAGUACAAAAACAAGUUACCCAAGGUAACAGGUCGGCUAAAGAGUCGGAGCGUGAAAAACAAUUGAAGGAAGACAAGAAAAAAGAGAAGGUUGAACUUAAUGACUUGUUCAAACCUGUGCUAGAAUUACAAAAGUGUGCGAAAGGAGUUGAUCCAAAGUCAGUUCUGUGCGUCUUCUUCAAACAGGGUUUGUGUGCCAAAGGUGACAAGUGCAAAUUUUCCCAUGACUUGACUGUUGAACGAAAGGCAGAAAAGCGUGGGAUUUAUUCAGAGUCUGAUAAAACGGACAGUACUAUGGAUGACUGGGACAUAAAUAAAUUAGAAGAAGUGAUUAGCAAAAAGCACGAUGCUGAUAACAAAGGGUUACCACCCAGUACUAUAGUAUGUAAGUACUUCAUUGAUGCAGUGGAAAAUUCCAAGUAUGGUUGGUUUUGGGAGUGCCCGAAUGGAAAAACAUGUCACUACAGACACGCCUUGCCUCCUGGUUUCAUCUUACAACGAGAUAAGAAGAAAAUGGAAGAACAGAAGGAGAUAAUAUCCAUAGAGGAUUUAGUUGAACGAGAGAGGCAAGCUCUUGGACUUAAUCAAACCAGAGUUACGUUACAUACAUUUAUGGAAUGGAAGAAACGAAAGAGGCUUGAGAAAAUCGAGAAGCGAUCUGCCGAUAAAGCGAUGCGAGAAGCUAGUUAUAAACAAGGCCGUUCCGCAGGGAUAAGUGGUCGGGAGAUUUUUGAGUUUGACCCAACAUUAGUUAUGGAGGCACUGGAUGAUGACGAAACAUCUGGAGUUGUUGACUCUAGAAUUCGUGAUGAUGGAGAAAAUGAAUAUGAUGGUCCUGUCAGGGAUAUUGACUUGAAUAUGUUUGCAAUCGAAGUACUUGAUUGUGAGGACAACUAUAAUAGAACUGAAUUAACAGGGGAUUGUGCUGUACCGGGAGUUAGCGAAAUUCACGAAAAUGGAUAUAAUAAUGAUGAUGUGGUGAUCGACGAAGAACUGUUUGAUGAGACAGAUCUGGCUGAUAUUGAAGCUGAGAUAAACGAAUUGGAAUUGGAAGCCUAAUUUUAUCUGGCUAUAUAUGUGGUUAGUUUCGUGACAGUGGUGCUGUUCGCGAUUAUGAGCAAUUACAUAUGAGUCGACAAAACUAUAUUCAUCUCAAAAUGUUUUUCUUAUUACAGUUUUUGUACAAAGAUGCUUCUUUCCAUUAUAUUUUGCCUAUCUAAUUUUAUAUUGAGUAAAUGUGAGUGCGAUUUG